UUGAGAAUUGGUUCGAGUUCAGUGACUCGUAUUGCCGUGAGAGCACCUUAUAGAGCCAUGGCGGUGCGUCCGCUUUCGGCCUCCGCAAGAGUGUGGAGUUCUUCUGUAUCAGAGACUGGAAAAUCCUCGCAAGGCCAAGACCAGAAACACGAGAACUAUCAAAACCACCAGCAAUCGUCCCUUGCGGGCAUUGUUAUCAAGCUGGCUCUUUUUGCCACUGUCGUAUAUGGAGCUACCAUGUUUAUAGCCACCAAGAAUGACAAGGUCAUGGACUUUGUAAUUGACCAGCAGAUUCCAUACUAUGAAGAAACCAUCGACUUGAUUGAAAACGGUUCCUACGACGACUUGGUUCUGGCCAUUAAGGCCAAGAUAUCUUCCAUUAGAUUGCCAUCCAAGGAUGAAAUCACCGAGUUGUCGCACAAAAUCGAACACACUUCAGAAGAUUUGUUGAAAGAAACUAAGCGAAAGUUGGAAUCAGCUAGGGCUGAGUUUGGUUCUCAUUCUACUGCUGGCUCCGGUACUUCGGCUUCAUUACCAGCCAAUCAGUUGCAAAAGCAUCCAGAAAUUGAGCACGUCAAGAAGGAGGUCGAGCAUUUGCCAGCUAUCAAAUUAAAUGAAAAUGUUGUUCUGUAUGUUGAUGCAUCAGUGAAGGCUACUAUCGAUUCGUUCAACGACUUGAUCAACUCAAUUGAUGUCAGCAAAGUCACACCUACUGAUGAAGGACUUAUCAAGACAAUUAACGAGAAGGUCUCUGAGUUGGCCUCGAAAGUUGGCGCUCUCUCCAAGAAGUUCGACGACGAAUUGCAGAGCAAGCUUAAGGUAUCGCAAACGGAAUUAUUAUCGUCCUAUACCAAGAAGGAGUUGGAGCUUACUGAAAACUUGUUGCACCAAUUUAACCGCGAGAGGGCCCAGUUGGAAUCCAAGUUGAACGAGAGAUUAAAGCAGGAAAUCGCCGCCACCAAGGAAACCAUUUCGCAGGCAGCUGUCAACGCCGUUUCGAUGGUGAGAAUCGAACAAACUAAGAACUUUGAAAAGCUCGUUGCCGACAAGAUUAACGAAGAAAGAAACGGAAAAUUGGCUAAUUUGGAAAAACUCAACUCCAGAUUGGAAAGCUUGGAACAGUUUGCUGAAAGCUUGGAAUCACAGGUCGUAGCUACCCAACAAAAGUCGGUUAUCCAGAAAUCGUUGUCUUCAUUGAAGGCCGUGUUGUUCGUAUCUAAUCCAGAAGAAAAGCCUCAGCUGAUUAAGCCAUACGUGGAUGACUUGUUUGAAUCAUCUCCUGACGAUGAAGUUAUCCAAUUAGCAUUGGGUGAAUUGGGUCCAUUGUUGUCCAAGGAAUCGACUCAGUCCAUCUUGACCACCUCACAGUUGUUGACCAGAUGGGAGCAAUUAGUCCCAGAAUUGAGAUCAGCCUCGUUGUUGCCUCCUAAUGCUGGUUUAUUGGGACACUUAGCCUCGAUCGUGUUUUCCAAGUUCUUGGUUUCUGUUAAGGGUGACAAACCAGAUGGAAAGGACAUUGAAUCGGUCAUUGGGAGAGUUGAAGCCAGUUUGGUCAGAGAUGAAUUGGACGUGGCAGUUGAGGAAGUAGCCAACUUAAAGGGUUGGACCAGAAAGUUGGCCAACGACUGGGUCAUUGAAGGAAGAAAGAGAUUGGAAGCCGAAUACCUCGUGGAGCUCAUCGACGCGGAAACCAGAAUCUUGUAAACAUAUAUUAUUCAUAAUAAACCACAAGUUCCAUUGG